AUCUAUGAGAAUAAAUUAACAGCACUCUCAGACGGAGAAAAACACAUAACUGAGAAACAUAGUUUAUUAAAAUACGAAUAUCUUCUCGUUUUUAUUGACGAAACACCGGACUGUUAGAAAAACAGAUAAUCUAAAAAAUGCCCUAUGGUAUGACGUGGCCGAAAUUUCUUUCUUUCAUUACGUUAGCAGCUCUUGCAAUGGCCAGUGGUUCCCAAUGUGUCCACGUUAUUUACAAACCACUCGACGAUUUAGAUGAUCUUAUAGAAGAAGCAGUAAAGAAAAGACUAUCAGAACGACAAGAUUCUAGUUGACAUGUAGUAACAAAUUAAUUGUAUAUAUUAAUUUAAUAAAUCGAUUGUAAUUGUAA